CAGGAAGUGACGACGCUCCUGGCGCGCGCCGGGCGGUUUCUUCUCAGGCUCCGGGUCCGGCGGCGGCGGCGGCGGCGGCGUAGGGUGUUUUAACUCAAAUGGGUGAUGAAAAGGACUCUUGGAAAGUGAAAACUUUAGAUGAAAUUCUUCAGGAAAAGAAACGACGGAAGGAACAAGAGGAGAAAGCAGAGAUAAAACGCUUAAAAAACUCUGAUGACCGGGAUUCCAAGCGGGAUUCCCUUGAGGAGGGGGAGCUGAGGGACCACCGCAUGGAGAUAACGAUAAGGAACUCGCCGUAUAGAAGAGAGGACUCCAUGGAAGACAGAGGAGAGGAAGAUGAUUCUUUGGCUAUCAAACCACCCCAGCAGAUGUCUCGGAAAGAAAAAGCUCAUCACAGGAAAGACGAAAAGAGGAAAGAGAAACGCAGGCAUCGUAGUCAUUCCGCAGAAGGGGGGAAGCAUGCCAGAGUGAAGGAGAAGGAGAGAGAGCACGAGCGUCGGAAGCGGCACCGAGAGGAGCAGGACAAGGCCCGCCGCGAGUGGGAGCGACAGAAGAGGAGGGAGCUGGCGCGGGAGCACUCCCGGAGGGAGAGGGACCGCCUGGAGCAGUUAGAAAGGAAGCGAGAGCGGGAGCGCAAGCUGCGGGAGCAGCAGAAGGAGCAGAGGGAGCAGAAGGAGCGGGAGCGGCGGGCCGAGGAGCGGCGCAAGGAGCGCGAGGCCCGGCGGGAAGUGUCUGCACAUCACCGGACAGCGAGAGAGGACUAUGGCGACAAGGUGAAAGCCAGCCACUGGAGUCGGAGUCCACUCCGGCCGCCUCGAGAGAGGUUUGAGCUGGGGGACAGCCGGAAGCCAGUAAAAGAAGAGAAAGUGGAGGAGAGAGACCUGCUGUCCGACCUGCAGGACAUCAGCGACAGCGAGAGGAAGACCAGCUCAGCUGAGUCCUCGUCAGCGGAAUCAGGGUCAGGUUCCGAGGAGGAGGAGGAGGAGGAGGAGGAGGAGGAGGAGGAAGAGGGGAGCAGCAGCGAAGAGUCGGAGGGGGAGGAGGAAGAGGAGGAGGAGGAGGAGGAGACCGGGAGCAACUCCGAGGACGCGUCCGCACAGUCAGCCGAGGAAGUGAGUGAAGAAGAAAUGAGUGAAGAGGAGGAGCGAGAAAAUGAAAACCACGUCCUGGUUGUUCCAGAGUCACGAUUUGACCGCGAUUCUGGAGAGAGCGAAGAGGGGGAAGAGGAGGUGGGCGAGGGCACCCCCCAGAGCAGCGCCCUCACCGAGGGGGACUUCGUGCCCGACUCCCCAGCCCUGUCACCCAUCGAGCUCAAACAGGAGCUGCCCAAGUACCUGCCAGCCCUGCAGGGCUGUCGGAGUGUGGAGGAAUUCCAGUGCCUGAACAGGAUCGAAGAAGGCACUUACGGGGUGGUGUACAGAGCUAAGGACAAGAAAACAGAUGAAAUCGUGGCUCUGAAGCGGCUGAAAAUGGAGAAGGAGAAGGAGGGCUUCCCGAUUACAUCGCUGAGGGAGAUCAACACCAUCCUCAAGGCGCAGCACCCCAACAUCGUCACCGUCAGGGAAAUCGUCGUGGGCAGCAACAUGGACAAGAUCUACAUCGUGAUGAACUACGUGGAGCACGACCUCAAGAGCCUCAUGGAAACCAUGAAGCAGCCUUUCCUGCCAGGGGAGGUGAAGACCCUGAUGAUCCAGCUGCUGCGUGGGGUGAAGCACCUGCACGACAACUGGAUCCUGCACCGAGACCUCAAGACGUCCAACCUGCUGCUGAGCCACGCUGGCAUCCUCAAGGUGGGGGACUUCGGGCUGGCGCGGGAGUAUGGGUCCCCUCUGAAGGCCUACACCCCGGUGGUCGUGACCUUGUGGUACCGUGCCCCCGAGCUGCUGCUCGGCGCCAAGGAGUACUCCACGGCCGUGGACAUGUGGUCGGUGGGCUGCAUCUUUGGGGAGCUGCUGACUCAGAAGCCGCUGUUCCCUGGGAAGUCGGAAAUCGAUCAAAUCAACAAAGUGUUCAAGGACCUGGGGACCCCCAGUGAGAAAAUCUGGCCCGGCUACAACGACCUCCCCGCCGUCAAGAAGAUGACCUUCACCGAGUACCCGUAUAACAACCUCCGCAAGCGCUUCGGGGCUCUGCUCUCAGAUCAGGGCUUCGACCUCAUGAACAAGUUUCUGACCUACUUCCCUGGAAGGAGGGUCAGCGCAGAGGACGGCCUCAAGCACGAGUAUUUCCGCGAGACCCCCCUCCCCAUCGACCCCUCCAUGUUCCCCACAUGGCCCGCCAAGAGCGAACAGCAGAGGGUGAAGCGGGGCACCAGCCCCCGGCCACCAGAGGGAGGCCUGGGCUACAGCCAGCUGGGUGACGACGACCUGAAGGAGACAGGCUUCCACCUCACAACCACGAACCAGGGGGCCUCAGCCGCGGGCCCAGGCUUCAGCCUCAAGUUCUGAGGCUCAGAGCCGACCCCGGACCCACCUUGGGGAGCGCCGACCGCUGAGGCCCAGCUGGGACAGCGGCAGACACUGGAGGCGGCGUCUGGGUCCAGACCCCCGUCCUGCCCUGACCAGGUGCCUCCACUGCCACGGGGCUGCCGUGGACGCGACCUCAAGUCUAGGACUGGCUGCUGGCCUCGUGGGGUUUUCCAUGUUUUCAUUUUAUCUUGGCUUGUAAAUUUGUAGAAUUAAAUCACGUUUUCCUUGC